AUGAGUGAACAGCAAACUGUUCUUGAUGUUCCAGAAGUGUCCGGUUACUCCGGAGGAGAUCUCAACGAACUUCAAAAGGAGUUCAGGGCUCCUAAAGGCGCAGAUAUAGAAGUGCGAAAAAAGAUGUUACGGCGAUUCUUCCGAGAGAUUCAAAAUCACCGUCUGUAUAGAAGCUAUUCUACUGAAGAUGGAUACAGAGAAGAGUAUCUAGAUGUCAGUUAUAUUGGGGUUGAUAUUUCGCAACUAGAGCCAAAAGAGAUUGCGUAUCUUAUUUAUAAUAUUCUUCCUUAUUGGAGACGGCAAUGCUGGCUCUACCAUGGUUAUGACAUGCGACUUUAUAAAUUCCCACUGAAGCCUAUCCUCAGACUCUGUUUUAAACCUGUUUGGAAUGAGAGGAUGCCUAUUUCAGAAGAAGAUCGAAUGAUAAUGGAAGUGACCAAUUGGACGCAAGAACAGCUUUACGAUGCCCUUAAGAUCGUUCAACGAAAACAACGAUGGAAAUGUUGUCUUGACAUAGCCAUAACAAUCUAUGUUUCCAGCGUUAUGUCCUUUUUUAUAAUUGGUUUCAUUUUGACUACCGUUUUCAAUACAGGGCAAGACAACACUUGCAAUCCCCCACAUUGCAAGCCCCCACAUAAGCCAUAA